UUAGUAGCUUAGGUUAGACGUAUCAGUUCGACUUCGGGGUGACAGCAGUUGAUUACUAAGGCUUGUAGCAUGAAGACUGUUGCUGUACUAUUAGCGGUUUUUGCGGUGGGUCAGUCGGCCGUCUUCAAUGACUUUUAUCCAUUUGAUCGGGAAAAUGAUCAUCGAGUGCCGAAGGGAGACAACACCAGUUCGCCGCAAUUUGAAUUAGACUUACCGAUCAUUUUCUACGAUAGUGUCUAUAACGGAAUUAAGGUCAAUGCAGAUGGAUUCGUAACACUGGGUGUCGUAGAACACGAAAUUGAGGAGCAUUUGCUUGAACCAGUUCUGGUUCCAUUUGGUUUUAAUCUCAACAAUACGGAUGCAAGCGAAAUUUAUUAUCAAGAACACAAAGAUGAAGCUACUCUUAGCAGAGCUACCAACGAUAUUCAGAAAGCUUUUGUUGAAACAGCGGAAGCCUUCGUAGCUAAAUCUGCUUUUAUUGUAACAUGGGUCAGGCUAGAAAGCCCAGAGCAUCCUGGGCUAACCUUUACGUUUCAAUGUGUCGUUGUGUCGAAUCAUCUUUCUAGUUUUGCAAUAUUUUUAUACGCUGAUGACGAAUUGGCUGCCGGACAAUCAGAAGAAAUCAGGAAUCAGCUGAUAGCAAAGGCCGGAUUCAGCGACAAAGGAGGUGACCAGCUGGAAAGUAUGACCGCUACGGAACUUCUCGAGGGUGGCAACGCUUGGUCUACUGGUGAAUGGAUUUUUCAAAUCGGUGGUGUCCUGCUGAGUUUGGAAGAAGAAGAAGAAAUACCUUCCCAUCAUCUGAAAGCAGAACCAAUCCAUCAUCGACGAGAAUCUGGGUUUGAAGUUCCGGAAGUAAAUUUCAAUGAAGAUUACGGUUCAGACCAACAAGACUGCGAUUCUUUGGAGUGUGAUCCAGAAUUCUCAACUUGUACUGCCUUUGCCGAUGGCUAUUGUUGCCAGUGUUCAGAAGGAUCUUUUGGGAAUGGAUAUGCGUGUAUUAGAGAAGAUGAUGACGUCAGAUACAACGGGCAAGUCGAUGGUUAUUCGAUUGUGAUGUCAGACCCAUGGUCCAAUGAAACUGCAAAAGGCGUAGACAUGCACUCUUACGUUGUGACCAAAGAUGGCCGAGCAUUUUCUGUCAUGAACGGUGAAAUUUCUGCAAAACUCUACCGCGCCCUUCAACCCAUGGCAAUCUUUGGAACUACUCUUGGAUGGUUAUUUGCUCAAGCUGAAGCACCAGCAAUCAACGGAUUUCAGUAUUCUGGCGGGAAAAUUGUCAGCGAAACAUACAUUCGUUACACCACUGGUCAGUACGAAUUCCGAAUCCGACAAGAAUAUGACCAAGUCAUCAACGAUCCAGAGGGAGGGGAAGGCAAAGUUCUUAACGGAAGAAUGACUUUCAGCGGACGACUUCCACCUGUCGAAGAGGGAGAGAAUAUCAACGUUGACGACUAUACACAAAUAUACAAGAGAACUGGAGCAGACUCUAUCAGAAGCAGAGACACUCGUCGUUAUAUUGUUGGAGAUACGGAGCAUAUUUUCACUGUUGAUCAAAGCAUCAGGUUCGAAGGUUGUGAAGCAUCAUUUGAAGAGGUGCCGGCUGAUCUUGCUGUGGACGUUUCGGAAGUUUUCCUGAAGUUUUUCCCUGACGAAAAUAACUUAAGAUUUGCAGUCAACAGUCGUAUCCGUCCAGCUGAAGAAGUUGGUGUGCGACCAGUCGAACCUUCUAUUAUACCGGAUACUCCUGUACCAGAUACUCCCGUACCUGAUACUCCGGAGCCAACUCCAUCUGAGACUCCAGUCGAAAAACCGGAAGAACCAGAAAUACCCGAAGUGGUUGUUACACCUGCCACCCAGACCGUAUGCGAACGACAAUUGCAACAAGUUCAACAAUUUCAACGGGAAAACCCAGGAAUCGUUGAUGAAAUUUUCUUCCCUACAUGCACAGAUGUCGGCACUUUUGCCCCCAGACAGUGUUUGACUUAUAAUUCGAUUUGUUGGUGUGUUGACGAAGACACUGGUGAAGAAAUUCAUGGAACAAGAACGGAACCAUUAGUCGGAUAUCAGCUUGAUUGCUCAGACGUACGAGCACCCCCACCUGCCCAAACACCAUGUCAAGAAGACCGAUCAAACGCAGAGACAGACCGAAUCGUUGCGGGUAGCGAAGCAAAUUCAAUCUUCAUGCCGAGAUGUAUGGAAUCAGGCGCAUAUGAACCAGUACAACAACUUCCAGACGGAUCUUUCAUGUGCGUUGAUUUUGAUGGCGAAGAAAUUUCAAGAAGCACAGAAAUGCCGAAUUGCCUCACACCAUGCCAACUAGCUGCAUACGUCGCCGAAAGCAGCAAUAUUUUCUUGGAAACAAACGAAUUCGUUGUGAGAUGCAAGGCUGAUGGAGAUUAUAAUCCUGAACAGUGUGUGGAAACUUACUGCUACUGCGUCGAUGAAAAUGGUCUUGAAAUCACCAACUCGAGAGUUGAAACAACAUUCGGGGAAGAUGUGGACUUGGAUUGUGGAAAAUUCAAUAGCAAACCAGUCACUUCAACAGUAACAACUCCGACUACUACCACAGGUCCGAUUGUCGGCCAGGAAGUCCGACGUUUGCUUUUUGCACAAACUAUGGGAAUCAACGUCAUCGAUUUGCCUGUCACCCGCGAAAAUUCAGUGUCUCGUCGCCUUUUUGCUCGUUCCGACCAAAUCACAAUUGCGUUGGGUUAUGAUUGCUCUAGCAAGAAGUAUUAUUGGACUGAUGUUUCUAAAAGAAGAAUUUACAGCUCCGUGCUAGAUGGCGAUGGCUCUCGCGCACAAUUUUUGGGAGACAGAUUGAGAAGUCCGGAAGGUAUCUCUGUUGAUUUCUUGAGUGGCAAUGUAUACUGGACCGAUUCCGAAUAUGAUCGCAUCGAAGUAGCAAGCGCUGAUGGAUCCAACAGAAUGACAGUUGUAAGCGGAGAUAUUGUCAAUCCUCGAGGUAUUGCAGUUGAUCCGAUCCGUGGACGUAUGUACUGGACUGAUUGGAACAGAAAAGCACCAAAGGUCUGGGUGGCAAACAUGGAUGGUAGCGAUAGAAGAGUGCUGUUGUCUGAAGGUCUUGGUCUUCCCAAUGAUAUCACAAUCGAUUUCUACAGACAGAGAGUUUGCUUUGUUGAUGCAGGAACUUUCAAGGUCGAGUGCAUGAGUUUGAAUGGAGAAGGACGCGAAACAAUUUACCAGAUGAAACAAGUUCCCAGACCUCAUCCAUUUGGUCUCGCCGUCGAUGGAGACGUUCUCUAUUAUUCUUCAUGGGGAGGAUCAAAAGUUGUACAUGCUGUGAACUGGCGUACUGGAGAUAGCAUCGCAAUUGCCGGUCCAAGAGGAGCCCAUGGACAGAUGUACGGAGUAGAAAUUGCCCACUCACAGUGCCCAAGAGGUUAUAACUAUUGUUCCUCCAACAAUGGCGGAUGCAGUCACCUCUGUCUACCGACACCAACAGGAAGAGAAUGUGUUUGUCCUCCCGGUGCACAAGACUGCCAAUAACCGCACUGGAAUCUUCGAAAACCAGUAGAGAAAUGAAAUUCAGCGUUUAGCAUCAUUAUGUAAAUAUUUGGACACUUUGUGCCGGAAAAGUCCGCACUCAUUAGUUCGCUUUAUUUCACAAUAUUAAUUAUUUCAAAUUCAUUGCUUUUGCCUUUUGUUUUUAACGCCUUUUAUUCAUUUGCUUUUUUUGAUUGGAUUCUGAAUGCGGACUCGCCUUUUCACACACGCCUUUCCCACCAUCACGUUUUCACACAGGUCGUUCAAGUACACUCCACAACUUGAGCUCCAAACCACUUUCUGUGUUAAUUGUCAAAAUUUGAAGUGUAAUUUUAUUAGCACUAAUUCACGUUUAUACGUGUUGCUGUUUAGCUGAUUUGUCUUUUGAUCAAACACAGAGGAAUUAGUGAAUUGAACACAGAUUGCAUAAAAAUUCUAACAUUACUCAAUAAACACCAUUUUAACAUGAUCUACCUAUUUGCGUUAUGUUGUGUAAUAUUUGCUAGCUUGUAAGUAAGGUCGCUUACCUAUUUAUUUCUGGCAUCGCUCCGAUGUCAGCUUGUCAAUGUGUUUCAUCCAAUUUACUUUUCCGUAUAAUAAAUGAAAUUACACACUCAA